AAUGGUAUGUCAUAAGUGGUGACAUCUUUUUGUUUAAUAAAUUCAUAAAAUGUAUGAUAUUUUUGGUGAGCUAUUCAUGUCUUCAAUGGUAUAGUUUUUGUUGACCACAACUGAUCCAAUCGGCUUAAGAAUACAUAUAUAACAGUAGACAUAUAAAAAUGGGCGGAAACUCGCGAGUGGUUUACUUCUACGAUCCCGAAGUUGGUAACUUCCACUACGGUCCGGGACACCCGAUGAAACCGCAAAGACUGGCCGUCACUCACUCACUUGUCCUCAACUAUGGUCUCUACAAGAAAAUGCAAGUCUAUAAGCCAUAUCGGGCCACAUAUCACGAUAUGUGUCGGUUCCACACUGAAGAGUACAUCUCAUUCCUCAAUCAAGUGACGCCCUCAACGGUUACUGAGUUCACCAAAUACUUAUCGAGUUUCAAUGUGGGUGACGACUGUCCAGUAUUUGAGGGUCUCUAUGAUUUCUGUUCCCGAUAUACCGGUGCCAGUCUUCAGGGCGCAGCUAUGCUUAACAAUAAUCAAUGCGAUAUAGCCAUCAAUUGGUCCGGUGGUCUUCAUCACGCAAAAAAGUUUGAGGCCAGCGGUUUUUGCUAUGUUAAUGACAUUGUCAUUGCAAUACUGGAACUACUCAAACAUCACGCGAGGGUUCUCUACAUCGACAUUGAUAUACAUCACGGCGAUGGAGUUCAAGAGGCCUUCUACCUGACUGACCGAGUGAUGACCGUUUCAUUUCACAAAUAUGGAAACUAUUUUUUUCCCGGAACGGGUGAUAUGUAUGAAACGGGUCUCGAAAGUGGACGAUAUUAUAGUGUGAAUGUACCGCUAAAAGAAGGCAUUGAUGACAAUUCAUAUGCAUUUGUCUUUAAGCCGGUCAUUACAGAAGUAAUCAACUGUUUUCAACCAUCAGCUAUAGUAUUACAAUGUGGAGCCGAUUCGCUGGCCAGCGACCGAUUGGGUUGUUUUAAUCUAUCAUUUAAAGGUCACGGAGAGUGUGUUAAAUUUGUUAAGGACUUAAACAUACCAUUGCUUGUAUUAGGCGGUGGGGGCUAUACUUUACGUAACGUCGCCCGCUGUUGGACUUAUGAGACGAGUCUUCUUGUCGACGAAAAUAUCAGUAAUGAGAUCCCAUAUAUGGAGUAUUUUGAAUAUUUUGCGCCAGAGUUUACUCUGUUGUCCGAUAAGGGCGGUAAUGAUAACCCGCACAAUGCCAAUACCCGCACCUAUUUAGAGAAUAUUGUUAAGUAUGCGUCGGAAAACCUAAGGAAUAUACAACACGCGCCGUCCGUUCAAAUGCAUUACACGCCUCCCGAUUGGUUUGAUGGCACCGAAACCAAUGAUGGACAACAAUUGAGUGAACGAGAAGCAGAUAAUGAGUUUUACGACACCAAAGAUGAACUCAAACCUAAAGAAGAAAGUGAUAAAUAAUUAUUUCAAUAUUAUGCGGUGUCACUCAUGUUUAACAUUAUUUU